CAAGACUGGAUUAGAAUCUGCAGUAGGGCAUUUUCAUGUGUAUGUGAUUUGGAUGCUAGUAGAGAGAGCCAUGGAAUUGCUCAUAUAAUCACUCUUUUCCAUGAAUGGUUUGUAGACAUUGUUUUAGAAAAUGAAAUCUUGGAUAAGUCAGGACUUUGUAUUAAAGCAGUACUGCCGGAGGGGUAGAGACACAAAUUCUGGCCUACAAGCACAGUAAUAGGUAAGCUUAAAAGGAUUGUCUGUGCUAGAAGAGCACAGGGCAGUGAAUACUAUUUGGGAAAAGAGACAAUGAUAGAAAUUGGUAAAAUUCAACUCCUGAAACAGAAAAUUUUUCCUUGAAAUCAGAAUGUUAUGACUUUGACAUUAAAUGCUGUGAUGUAGGCUGACUUGGGUAGAAUAUGGGUAAAAUAUCAGGCCUGAAGGAAAGAUAGGAAUUUUGAAAAUGUUAAAAUAAUAAGUCUUCUUUUUAUGCUGGUCAGUUCACCAGAUUGUGAGGGAAAAUUGGAAAUUAGAAAAUUAUAUCUUUGUGGUUUAAAAAAUUAGAUAAUUUUAUAUAAAUGUUAUAGGUGAACAGUCAGGAUAAAACAGAACAAUUACUGUGAUCACAUAAAUCUUAUAUUAGUUUUUGGGCUGGAUCUUAUUGUUUGUAGAUGCUGAGGUUGGACUCUGUAGACCUUUUGCCUCAGGCCCCCAGAGAGAAGUGAUUAUAGAUUUGGAUCACCAAGCUCAGCUAAAGUGGGUUUUAUUUUAAUUAAAAAAAUUAAAAGAAAGAAGGAGAUUAAGAUAAAAGAGGACAUAAAACAUAAUAACACAGGUCAGAACAGAACAAUUUAAGCAACAUAGUGUUUUACCACAAGAUAACCCGACAUAAGCAUUAGCUUCCAUAGUGUCUCUUUCCUUGAAAUAUUUGAGUAUAACUUUGUAUAUUAUAGCAUCAAACACAACAUGACAAUGUAAAUCCAUUCAAGAGAAUGAAAGUAUUACACGGUAUAAUAGAACCAAGUAACAGAAAAUGAACAAUAUUUCUAUAUUAUCUCCUUGUCUAUAAAAAUUUUGUUUAUACUAUUACAUAUAAUAAAAUCCAAUAGACAACAUGAUAAACCGAUGGAGAGAGAAGAACAAAAGCUUCAUGGGACUUCAAAAUAAGAUGAUAUUAUAUCAGCACUAGCUAUUAUAUUGUCUUGUUUUCUUCAAAGUAACUGCUCAUACCAUCAUAAACAAUAAAAUCAAACAACCCAGAAUAGAACCAUUUCAAUUUAUGAAUGAAAACAUUAUAAGGCUUCAAAGCAAUAUAAUGGGGAAUCAUGUUUACCACAUAUUUUUAUGUAUUCUUACCAUUUCUUACACUAGGGAAACUAUUUGGUAUUUAUACAUGUGAGUUUGAUUUAUUUCACAUAUGAGUAUGGUCUCAAGCUGUGCCCAUUUAUUUAUAAAAAAGUGGGGGUUUUCUAAUCUCUUCAGUUUAACAAAUCACAGUGCUUGAUUAAAAUAAAUAUCUAUAAAUUUCAUAUCUAGAAAGUUGCAGUUUUUGUCCAUUGAUAAUAUGUGCAUUAAGUGUGGAAUACAUUUUACAUUCUGCCCUAGACAUCUGUGUAUAAAUUUUGAUUAUUUCUUAUAAAAUAUCAUAUUGGUUCUAUGUUAAAAUGGAAAUUACUUUUUAUUCAUUUUUUGUAAAAGUAAAGGUAAAAAACAGAAAUUAUAGGACCAGGAAUGUAGCUUAGGGGCACAACCUCCUGCCUGACAUUUGCAAGGUCCUAAGUUUGAUUCUUGGUAAAAAUAAAUGGUAAAAAUAAAAAAAAAAAAAAUCAACCGUAUUUUUUUCAAGAUUUAAAACAAAAAUAAUAGCCACUUUCCCACAUUUUGGAAUAUAAACUCUAAAACUUAUCAGACCAUCCCAAACAGUAGAAAUGCCCAUCUAUUUUUAUUAUAAGUUCUGUGAGGCAGUACCUUCAUUUUAGUUUGUAGAGUGAAUCAGUGUGCUUCCCUUUGAUUACUGCAGGAUGAUGAUGCAUGAUAAAAUCGAACAUCACAUACUUUGGACUGUAAUCUACACUUGACCUAUUGGGCUCUGAAAAUGCCAGAAUUAUGUUAAUCCUAGGUGGUGUCAGUAUUAAAAUUUGUGACAACUCUUUGCUGAGAGAAUUUCUUGGUGUUCAGAAAUCAGUGCACACUUGAGUUUGGAAAGUAAGACAAACCUUCAAGAAACUAGGCUACAGUUGUUCUCUGUUCAAAAUUCAGCCCUUGGACCAAAGAACAAUUGAGGUGCCAUGGAAAGAUGGCUCAGUAGUGUCAGGUCUGGUGAGGUUAGGCCUUAUUUAAGGUUUGUAAACUUCACUUCAAUAAAGAAUCACAGAUAAAAGUUCAGAAGUAGAAACCAAUAAGUUUUGGAAGGAGAGAAACAAGAUAGAAAAGUACCUUGUUGGAGUAAGGUAGGCAUGCUAGAGCCAGUGCUUGAAGAUCUUUGUUCUUAGCCUGUUUUGUUAUCUGGCAAGAAAGGGACUCUCUCCUUGAAAGUUUUUGUAACUUGUUUGAUCAUUUUAGGCUCUGAGAUACCUGAUUCAGCUAGUUUAUCUUUCCAUUUUCCCUGUGCAUAUUUUUUGGUAAGUUUUCUUUGGUCUUCUUUGCUUUCUCAAAGUUAUAUCUUCUCAUAGCAGAGACUGACAUUCAAGACUGAGUUAUCAAAAAGGGAUACAUAUAUUUUUAUUUUAUUUUUAUUCAAAUAGAAAUAAAAUAAAAUAGUUUCAAAUCUAGCUAAUAGGAGAAUAACAGUAAUUAAUAUAUUGUAUACUUUUAUCUUCAUUGUAGUUACUCAAAGUACAAGAAAAUAGGCAUGAAAUAUUGUUCAAACAAUAUUACAACAAUUCUUUCUUUUCAAUGAAUUAAAGAGAAACUAGUUGUACGACUGUCUUAACUAUCGUGUGUGUGUUCCUUUUUUCUAACUUCCUUUACUCUUUCUUUCCAUCUGUUUCUCUUUUCUUUUGAGCAGUUUCUUCCCAUUUUACAGCAUCUGUUGUACAUUUUGGAUCUCAUUUACUUGUUCAGUUUGUCACACUAGUGAGACAAUAUGAUGUUUACACAUGUGAUUUAUUGCACUUAUCAGUAUGGUCUCAGGUUUUAUCCAUUUACCUAUAAACGUCUCAAGUUUAUCAUUGUUUAUGGCUCAGUAGUAAUCUAUUAUAUGAAAAAAUCUUUUUUAUCCAUUCUUCAGUAGUUGGGCAUUUGGGUUGUUUCUAAGAGAUCUUUCCUUUUGUGAUCAUUAGCUACAGUCCUGUCUUCAAGACCUGGAAAUCUAUCUUUAGUUUCUGUCAAUCAUUUUGCCAGCUCUUAAUGGAGUUUUAAAUUUCCUGAAUAUCUCUUUGAAUCUGUUUAAUGCAUUGUCGUUCUUUCCCAUAUUGUUCAUUCAGGUUUCCAUCAUUUUCUAAUGUUCCUCUUUUUUUUAACCUAUGUCUUUUUCAGCAAAAUGGAGCCACUACUCUGUCCAUCUUUGCAGUAAAUACUUUGGAGGAUAUAAAGAUACAGAAUGUGUGUAGUAAAGGAGCUUACUGAUCUGGAAUGUAAGACAGAAGCUAAAAAUAUAAAAUAAUUACAGAACCAGGAAUAGAAGUAAUAACUAAUUUUUCAAUUGUUUUAUGUUAUCCUAAAGUGUAUAUAUAAACCAUAAGAAAAUAUGAGCACCCAUAUAAUGAGAGUUUUUUGUUUUGUUUUGUUUUUUUGUCUUUUUCACUUUUAUCGGUACCAGGGAUUGAACUCACGACUUCCUGCUUGCAAGGCAGGCAAUUAUGCCACUAAGCUAAAUCCCCAGCCCCUAUAAUGAGAGUUUUACAUAGCAAAAAGUUUCAAAGGUAAAAUCACUUCUAAAGAGUUUUUUAUAUCCCAGCAUUUAUUUAACUACAAAUUAAUCAGUUUUAUUAUUACUUGAGGAACUGUAAGAACAAACAGUAGUUAGAAGUGAACCUAGUUAAAAGAAUUUACUGAUAAAUUUUUUGACCCUUUGACUGUGGUAUCCUGCUUUUAUCAUAUGUAACUGACAGGUUUCAUAAGACUAUGCUCCAGGUCACUCCUCUCUGCAUCAGACUAGGCAAAAUAUAUUUUUGUUUGUUUUUUCUGAAUAUUCAAAAACCAUAAGCUGGGUUAUUUUUUCCCAGCACCAUACAUUACAGAAAUAAUACAUACGUUGAAGACAUUUGUCUUUUCAUGAAAACUGUGUUUAUAUGUACAACAGGCUUAGAGAAUGUGCCUAACAUAUAAUAAGCUGCAGGAAUUUCUUUUAACAACUGAGUCAUGUUCCUGUGAUUAAGUUAUUAAAUGAAAGGAUAAUUAAAGGAGGAAAUGUGUAUAGUAUAUGCCUUAAAAUAUUCUGAGAAAAGAAAUAGUCUUAAGAAAUUCCAACUUGGUGAAUUUGCUUUUAUUUUGCAUAAAUCUUAAUGUACAGUACUGUGAUAUACAGUGGACCCUUGACAUUGAGCACAAUUCAUUCAUGAGGUCUGGUUAAACUCACGUUGGUUGUAAGUCAGAACUAUUAUUCCCAUAAGAAAUAAUGGAAAUAGGUGUAAAUGCAUUCUGAACCUCCCAAAGCACCCCUUAACUAACGUUUUCAUAACAAAAAGUAUUGUAUGAUGUGUUUAAUUUACCAGAAAAACCACUAAUUUUCCUAGUCUGUUCACCAAAAACUUAUAAAAUGUACCUCAUUUACCAUAAACAACAAUUUCAUGCUGUAUUUUCACCAUUCAAGUUGACAUUUUUGGCUUUCAGGAAGGCAGUAUGAAAUGGAAGCUGGAAUUGUUUGGAAGGGUAGUCUCCUUCCAAAAGAACCUCAGCAAUCUAGCUAUCUGGUGUCCUUUCUCUCCGUGGGACAGGCCCUAGCCCACUAGGACCUGCUUCUGGCUCACUAGGUCUCAGCCUUUUCAGAACUAACAAUUAGUCUAAAGUUGUCCAUUUUUGUCUUAUCUUUAGUGCUUUUCUAUAUUAUCACAUGAUAUUGUAAUUAAGUAAGUGAAUGCAAUGAUCGGCUUUUUCUCUAGGUGGGUCUUCUCUCCAAAUGUUUUUAACUGUCCAAUUUUUCAGGAUUGUCUUUAUUUCAGAAUUUUGCUAUGUUGAUUGUUGAUUCUUCUCCUUUUUAGAAAGCUAAUUAGCUGCAAUUUCCUGUUGCUUAGCCUGAAGUUGCUGAAGAUCCUCUAUAGACAAUUCCUCUGAGAAUUCCUCCACCAAUUCCUCAACAACACCACUGUUUACUUGCAAGCCUAUGGACUCUCCUAUCCUGACAGUGUCAUCAACUACAAAGGCAGUGACUACCUUUGAAGAUGUGGCUGUGACUUUCACCAGGGAGGAGUGGACUUUACUGGAUCUAUCCCAAAAGAUGCUCUAUAGAGAUGUGAUGUGGGAAAACUUUUGGAAUGUGGCUGCUGUAGAAAGGAACUGGGAUGACUACCAAGUUGAAGAGGAGUACAACAAUUAUAGAAAAAAUCUAAGAAAUGAAGACUUAAAGAAAUGCCAUCAACAUAAAUUAUUUGAUCAAUAUAGGGAAAUGGUUUUUAUGACUUCCAGUCGUAAAGUGCACAUGAAACUUCUUUGUACAAAACCAGAUGGAAGUGUUGCUCAUGGAAAGCUUUGGAUUGGUCAUUCAUCACCACUUACAUCCAUCAUUGUUAACACAGGACUUAAAUCAUAUAGGUAUCAUGGAUUUGAACUGAACUGUCACAGAAAUGGGAAAACCUACACUGACUUCCAGUCCUUUCAGGAUGAUGCAAAGUCAAACCUUGGAAAGAAUUUAUGUGAAUAUAGAGAACAUGAAAAAUCUUACUCUGAUCAGACUGAAGAAAGAAGCCUUCAAGAAAAGCCCUUUUUCUAUAAGAUGGAUAUGAAAGCUUUCCAUACACUCAACCAUGUUCAAAUCCAUGAAGGAAAUCACAGCAUGGUGAAUACCUACGUAUCUAUACAAUGUGGAAAAGAUUUUACUUCUCUCAAUGAUAUUCAAAAACAUGAAAGAACACACAGUGGAGAAAAAUCCAGUUUAUAUACAGACUGUGGGAAAUCCUUCAAAUCAUUUGAUAGUCAUGAAAGUACCCACAUUGGCAGAAAAGCCCAUGUAUAUAAGCAAUGUGGAAAAGCUUUCAGCCAACACAGUCAUUGUCAGAUUCAUGAACGAACUCAAAGUGGUGAGAAGCCCUAUGUAUGUAAGCAAUGUGGGAAAGCUUUCAGCACACGUAGUGAUUGUCAAAAGCAUGAAAGGACUCACACUGGGGAAAAACCCUAUGUAUGCAAGCAAUGUGGGAAGGCUUUUACUUCUCGCUGUUCUUGUGAAAGACAUAAACGAACCCACACUGGGGAAAAAUCCUAUGUAUGCAAGCAGUGUGGGAAAGCUUUCAGCACGAAUAGUCAUUGUCGAACACAUGAAAGAAUUCACACUGGUGAGAAACCCUAUGUAUGUACGCAGUGUGGGAAAGCUUUCAGUCAACACAGUCAUUGUCAAAUUCAUGAACGAACUCACACUGGGGAGAAACCCUAUGUAUGUAAGCAAUGUGGGAAAGCUUUCAGCACACGUGGUGACUGUCAAAAACAUGAAAGAACACACACUGGGGAGAAACCUUAUGUGUGCAAGCAAUGUGGGAAGGCUUUUACUUCUUACUGUUCUUGUGAAAGACAUAAACGGAUUCACACUGGGGAGAAACCAUAUGUAUGUGAGCAAUGUGGGAAGGCUUUCAGCACAAACAGUCACUGCCGAACUCAUGAAAGAAUUCACACUGGUGAGAAACCCUAUAUAUGUAAGCAAUGUGGGAAAGCUUUCAGCACACAGGGUGAUUGUCAAAAACAUGAAAGAACUCACACUGGGGAGAAACCCUAUGUAUGUAAGCAAUGUGGGAAAGCUUUCAUUCAGCACACUCACUGUCGAAUACAUGAAAGAACACAUACUGGAGAGAAACCCUAUGUAUGUAAACUUUGUGGUAAAGCUUUCAGCACACAUAGUGGUUGUCAAGUACAUGAAAAGAAUCACAUAGGUUAGAAACUCUUAUGUGAAUAAGCAAUAUGGAAAAGCCUUCACUUAAGCAAUCAAUGUAGAUACUAAAACUCAAGAAAUUAAUUUUGAAUAUAUAAAGUAAUCUGCACUGACAUGAAAGGACAGUGAAGAGAAGCUAUUUCUUUGUAUGCAAUAUAAAAAAUCUUAAAAAGUACACAUGUACCAUCACACACCUUAAGAAAUUCUUAGAAGAUAAAAUCUGAACAUAAACAAUUUGGGAUAUGAUUUAUUUUUCUUGUUUCAUUUUAGCUCUAUAAUACAGUCUUCAAAUGAGAGAAAAAUUUUAUAUAGAUAGAUGAUAAAUAGAUGGAUAAAUAGAAAAUGAAUGUGGGAAACUCUUUAAUUUUUCCACUUAGCUAGAAAACCAUAGAACUCCCCAUGAAGUGAAAGUCUUUCUAAUUAGUGUGUGAAACAUUUUAUGAGUCUUGUCAGAAAGCAUGCACAAACAAAAUGAAAGAUAGUACAAAUAUAGAAAAGGAGGAAACCAAGAAUCAGACAGGACUGUUAGUAAUGAGCUACACUGUUUUACGUCACAAACUCAGGGACAUUCUUACUCCCUUAUUUCUGUAUUAAUAGACAAGUGAGGUCAGAAAGUGCAUUAUAAUGUUAAAUUUAGAACAGCAAAACACCCUGUACCCAAAUCAUCACUACCCUGCCUUAAACAUUUUACAAGCAAACCAUGGCCUUAGAAUGAUAAUACCAAAUUUAUUCAUACACUGAAAUUUUAUUGAGGCUUAAAAGAAAUUCCACAUUUGUGACAAUGUACAUUAGCCAAGAGAUCAUUGUAUGAAAUAUGCAAUGCAUAAACAAAGCUUCAUUAUGCUAGUUUUUAGCAUUUAAAAUUGAUAACUAUAGAGAAGCAUAGAAGAUAAUGAUGGUUGCAAAUAAUGGAGUUGGAGAAACUGAGAGAUGUUAAUGAGAAAGUACAAUGCUUCUCAUAGAAAACAAAAAAAAAAUGGUGGCAUACAUCUCCAUGACUACAGUAGGUAAUGCAGUGUCACAUAGAAUUACAAUUUGCUAAAGUUUUUAGGGUGAAUUAUUUCAGUAUAAACAUUUGCACAUUUUAAUUGUUCUAAGGAACUUUUGGGGUGCAGGUUUGAGUGACUGGUUUUAAUGAUGAGGACAUUGAUCUAGAGAAGUUUUUGUGUCUCAAAUUUCAUAACAGGAUUUAUUGAAGGGAAGCUAAAAUGUAUGUAUAUAUUAUAGUAUGGUACUAAGUCUAACAGAGUAUUACUAAUUUGAAAGCUCUGCCUUCAGCCAGUUGGAAAUCCACAGAACAAGGGUGUCUGCAAUUAACCUUAACUUUCCACAGUUGUAGAGAUUAAAAUCUCAGUGGUGGUCAAUGCCCAUUUAGUAGAUUAUUGGCAGCAGAUUACUUGACAAAAAGAUCCAAUCUUUUGGUGUGUGUUAAUUUUAUUUACUUAAACUCUCAUAUCCCAUAAAUGUAUCCAGUAUUCAAAAUAAUAACAUGGUUGAGUAAAAAGAACUAAUGCAACCUGGAAAUAAUAAAAAGGGUUUUUCUCAUGA